CCGGCCCAUUUGAUCACAGGCACAGCCCAAACCACAGUCCGCUCUUUUCUUGUUCUGCUCCCGCGCACUAGAUUAGAAGUUAGUCGAACGAACCGCCGCCGCUUUUCACCUUGGUCGCCUCUCGAGCAACAAUGGAAGGAGAAGAAAUGCAAUUCCAUGCGGCGGACGGAGCCCUGGCCGAGUCUGGAACUAGCAAAUCCAAUGAGGCAUCCUUGCAGAAGAAGCACCAAGCAAUGAUCGGUCGACUGUCGAACCGCCAUCAAUCGCGAACCGGAGGUAGCGGCGGCAACAGCACCAGAUCCGCCGAAGAUGAUAACUCCGUCUCCACCGCCGCCUCCUUCGCGACCAAAUUCUCCGAGUCCAAGCGCUCGAUCCACUCCCUCAUUGCUAACUCCUCCUCCGUCGAUCCGUCCGCUCUCAGAUCUCACCUCGACGGGAUCUCCUCCUCCAUCGCCGCGCUAGAGCAACUCGUCGCCGAGAGUUCCUACUCCCUCCCUUCCUACGAGCUCCGAUCCGCCCUCAAAUCGGUCGCGGAACUCAAGCAGGCGGUGGAAAAUCAGAGCGCCGAGCUUCUGCCGAAGAAGAAGUUCUCGUUCAGGAACAAAUCGGCCGCGACGGCCACCAAAUUCCCAGCAGCGGUUCAACCGAAAGAUCCCGGGCUCCCGAAGCAGCAACCACCGGUCCUCGUGAUUCGAGAUUCGCCGGGGCUUCGGAACGCCAAGGAGGUAACAUUGACGAAGAAUUUCAGAGGCUUGGGGAUCGGUGAGUUUACUGUUGCCGAUUUGGAUGGUUGUGAAGUGAGAUUGAUUGGCUGCAUCAAUGCAUUGUUCUUCAAUAGAUUGAGGAACUGUAGGGUUUACACCGGUCCGGUUAUCGGCUCGGUGUUGAUCGAGCAAGUUGAGAACUGUGUGUUUGUAUUGGCAUCUCAUCAGAUUAGGAUACACAAUGCUAUUGGGUGUGAUUUUUACCUUAGGGUUAGGAGCAGGCCGAUUAUCGAAGAUUGUUCGAGGGUGAGAUUCGCGCCUUACUGUUUGAGGUAUGAAGGGAUUGAGAAGGAGCUGAAGGAAGCAGGGUUGGGAGAUGAGAGUGGGAACUGGGCAAAUGUGGAUGAUUUCAAGUGGCUUAGAGCUGUUCCGUCGCCUAAUUGGUCGGUUCUCGAGGAGAGUCAGAGAAUCGAGUGUUUCGAGAUCAAUGAAUCCAUAGAUGGAAAUGAGAAUACCCGAACAGACUGAAAACCCUAAUCCAUUUAGUCUCCAAGAGGUUGUUUCUCUCCCAUUCAUUCUCCGUCGUGUUUCCUUAAACGAGGUUCGGAUGUGGGUGGGAUCCGGGAAUGCUAAUCAUAAUGCAGAACUCCUGAGUCUUGUCCAAGAAGAGAAGAGGAUUCAUAUCGCGGUUUUGGUGCAUUGCUGAAGGAAUAAUUAGGUGUCUCUGCUGUUUAUUUUGGCUGUCCAGCUCUAGUUUAUGGGUCAAUUCCCUUUUCCAGCCCUAUGUGAAGUGUGGUGCUUGAUCAUGGUUUAAAUUUGGUGGGGAAUCCUGUUGAUGAAAGGAUUUAUCAAGUCGGGUGAUCAGUUGAUG